AUGAGCGAUGGUGCCAAUGAGGGCAGGAGCGACCGCGCGAUGGGAGUCCGCAGGGCCUGGUCCUGGCGCUCUCAGAGCCUGCGGGUUCAGGCCGUGAGGUCGACGAGCUCGACCAUUUCUGGCCCUACCGGCACCAGCUCUGAGGGGUCGCAGGUCGCAAGGAUCAGGGAACUGGAGGUGCGCAUCCUCGCCGGCCAGACCGCCCUGCGCAGCAUGCGGCUGCGGGUCAGCGGCACGAUGUUGGGCCUUGGCGUCGGCUGCGCGUGCCUGGCGCAGCUGGGCUAUCACUCGGACGAGGCCGACCAGGACGGGCCUUGGGACGGUGCAGCCUGGUUUGCUUCUAUCGCCUGCAUGGUGUUGCUCGCCUUCGCGCCUCUAGCAGACGACUGGGUCUUGACGCUGGUCGUUGCGAUUGUAAAUGCAUCCAUCUCCACGGUUGGAAUUGACAUGUUUUGGAAUGUCGAGGCAUUGUUUACCAUAUUGCGCCGUUCAGACGAGUCGUUUUACGAGGACGGUUGCGACCAUCCAGCUCUGGAUCAUCCACGGACUUAUUGUAUUUGGAAGGCCAUUCGGCGAGAAGCUUCUGCACGGUUUUGCUGCAUCUCUCUCGGGCAGCUCACCUACGCAGACUCGGAGACGAAUGCUCCAAGUGUGUUGCAGGCCCGCCUGGCGAUGCCCUCGAAGCUCGGAUUGUGCGACGCCUUCAUCUCCCACAGCUGGCAUGACAGCGCAGUGACGAAAUGGGACACCCUGCAGGAGUGGCGCAACGGAUUUGUAGCUCAGAACGGUCGCGAGCCUAAGGUUUGGUUCGACAAGUGCUGCAUCGACCAGGGCAACAUCGACGCGGACCUGCGGUGCCUUCCAGUCUUCCUGAGUGGUUGCCAGAAGUUAGUUGUUCUUUGCGGGGUGACUUACCUGAGCCGGUUAUGGUGCAUAAUGGAGCUGUUCAUCUUUGUCCACAUGGGUGGUGAUCCCAAGGAUAUCGAGUUACACCUGCUACUCAGAGCUGGCAGAAAACUUGAAGACAGAGGUAUGAUCUCUGCUAUGAUCGAGUCGUUUGAUGCUGGCAUGUGCACAUGCGCCAACGACAGCGACAGAGACCGCAUGCUCGAAAUUAUCCACACGGCUUAUGGUGAGUUGGACGAGUUUAACAAGGCGGUCCGCACGAUUAUUGAGAGGACGUGCUCUAGAUACGUGGAGUACUCUGACCUUAUAUCGGGUAGCUCCUCGGACUCGGACGGUUUCUCGUCUGAUGGAAGCGAUUCCUCAUGUUAG